AUGACACAAAUACAGACCUCCAGCGAUCCAGAGACUCUCCAUCUCCCCCGCAUUCUCUGCCUUCACGGCGGCGGCGUCAAUGCACAAGUCUUCGAACUUCAAUGCCGCGCUCUCAUCAGAAGUCUCGCUUCCUCACUGCGUCUAGUCUUCAUGCAAGCACCCUUCAUCUCAGCGCCUCACCCAGACAUAGUCAGCGUCUACGGUGAAUACGGCCCUUUUCGGCGCUGGCUCCGCUGGCAGCCCGAUCACCCCGAGAUUGAAGCAGAGGCCGCCGCCGAGCUACUUCGGAACCAGGCCCGCAGGGCUAUGGACACCGACCCCGGCACCGGAGAGUGGAUCGGCAUUUUGGGGUUUUCGCAGGGCGCUAAGAUUGCAGCGAGUUUAUUGUGGACGCAGCAGAAAGUGACGGAGCAGUUUGGUGCAGAAGAAGCGCUGACGCAGUUCAAGUUUGGUGUUCUCAUGGCUGGGAGAGCGCCCUUGAUUACGCUGGAUGCUCGGCUGCAACAUCCCCCGGCGGUUGUUGAUGCGGCACUGUUGAGCUCCGAGUUCAAGGACUUCCCCGAGUCGAAUGUUGGCGACCAUGUUUUGAACAUACCAACACUGCAUGUCCAUGGGCUUCGCGAUCCUGGACUCGAGCAGCACCAGAUUCUAAUGAAGACAUACUGCGCAACUGGUACAACGACGCUGGUUGAGUGGGAUGGUGGGCACCGCAUACCGAUCAAGAGCCACGAUGUCGACGCCGUGACAACUGAGAUCUUGAAGUUGGCAAAGAACGCAGGCGUGAAGCUGCCAAACUGA